AAUUUUAUCUAAUUCUCAAAUGACGCCCUUCGGAAGGAGAAAGAAGGACAUUAGAAACACCGGCAAACUUGACAGUACAGAAUUAAUGACAGUGAUCUUGCCGCCCAUGGACAAAAGUCAACCAUUCCAACAUGAUAAUUUCCUCCUGAACUUUUCAAUUAAAGGCUUCCAUGUAGUACAUCUUCUAAGAUUAGCACCCAAUGGGAUGCCCAAGUAUCUAGAUGGUAAUGAACCUACCCUACAGUUUAAGAGGUACGACAUCCUUUGCUCCCAUGCACUGCUGGAAAACGAGAAGAAGGAUAACCAGUCUAGGGUGGUGCAGAAGAAGGAUAACCAGUCUGGGGUAGAGCAGAAGAAGGAUAACCAGUCUGGGGUGGUGCAGAAGAAGGAUAACCAGUCUGGGGUAGAGCAGAAGAAGGAUAACCAGUCUGGGGUGGUGCAGAAGAAGGAUAACCAGUCUGGGGUGGUGCAAAAGAAGGAUAACCAGUCUGGGGUUGUAUAGCAUUCAUAGAAUAUUGCUAGCUAAGUAAGUGCAUGUGCUCUUGGAAUCUCCUCUCAAAGUUGGCCUCCAUCUCUAAUACUCUUUAUGAUGCCUCUGUAUGAAUACGUGUGGCCACCUCUGUCUGAACUCGCUCAGUCAUUUCUUUCCGAACUUGAGUAAGCUCAGACUGCAACUGUUGAACCUGUGUCGUAAGAAUCCUGGUGGUAGAAGAGGAGGCGUCACUCAUGUCAUAUCGUCGCCAAGGGAUGCCAUGCUCUGCUGGAUCCUGUAAUGUAGACAUCCCUCUCAUCUGACCCUUUUUAGGAGGUCCAACCACCUCUUUCCAGAUAAGUGGAUCCCAUUCUAGCCAUGAAUCCUUGUUUGGCCCAUGCUUCUCCACAUAUUUUUGGUGAGCAUCGUUUUGUUUCAAAAAUAAAAUUUUCAUUAGUUA